UAUCAUUCACUCGUUUUUAGCAAGUAGAAAAUUUCUGCGGCAACUUUCUUUUGGAGUUUUUAUUGGUUUUAAAUCACGGAAUUACAUUUAAAAUGGGUCGUAAAGGCAAAGCUAAUCCUUUUGCAGCAAAAAAGCGCCAAAGGCGCGAAAACAAAGAUAAACCGGCUGAAAGACAACAUGAACCCUACGAAGAAAUUGUGCGCGACAAUGCCGCUUUCCUCAAGUAUUAUAAUAUGCAAAACAUUUGCGUCGAUGAUGGUGAAUGGCAACAAUUCUUGACGUCCAUACGUGCAAAUUUGCCGGCUACUUUUCGUGUGACCGGUUUUAAAGGCGAGGCCAAGGCACUGAUUGAUAUAAUUCGCAAUGAACUAUUCACAGAAUAUGUAAGAGGUGUGGCCGAGUUACGUGGUAAAACAGUGGAAGAGGUGGAAAAGCCAAUUUGCUUGCCAUGGUAUCCAAAUGGCAUGGCCUAUCAAUUGGAUCUAACGCGUAAGGAUAUUCGUCGUUCGGAGCCGCUUUAUCGUUUACACAAUUUUCUCAUUAAUGAGACAAAUGCUGGAGCCAUAAGCCGUCAGGAGGCGGUAUCUAUGAUUCCUCCCUUAGUUUUGGAUGUCAAACCCACCGAUAAAGUGCUUGACAUGUGUGCUGCACCAGGCUCGAAAACUGCCCAGUUAAUUGAGGCUCUUCAUGCGGAACCAGAAAAAUACAAAAUACCACCCGGUUUUGUGCUGGCAAAUGAUGUGGAUAACAAUCGCUGUUAUAUGUUGGUACAUCAAGCUAAACGUAUGAAUUCUCCUUGUUUUGUGGUUACCAAUCAUGAUAGUGCCUUUUUUCCGAAUUUAUUGAAAACUAUGCCUGAUGGCUCCAAAUCCAUACAGAAAUUUGAUAAAAUUCUCUGUGAUGUACCUUGCUCUGGCGAUGGUACUCUGCGCAAAAAUCCUGACAUUUGGGGAAAAUGGAACUUGGGUCAGGCUUACAACUUGCAUGGAGUACAAUAUCGUAUUACACGGCGUGGUGCUGAAAUGUUAGAGGUUGGAGGGCGCUUAGUCUACUCGACUUGCUCCUUGAAUCCCAUAGAAAACGAGGCUGUCCUACAACGAAUUGUAGCUGACUCAAAAGGCGCUUUGGAAAUUGUUGAUGCUUCAGAUUUGGUACCUGGUUUGAAGUACAAACCUGGCAUGACACAAUGGAAAUUGGCCUCCAAAGAAGUGGAUGAAAUCUAUACUAGUUUUGAUGAAGUACCCGAAAAAUAUCACACAAUUAUAAGACCGAAUAUGUUCCCAUUGCCAAAGGAGGACAUGGAAAAUCUGGGAUUGGAGAAGUGCAUACGAAUUUUGCCCCAUCUUCAAGACUCUGGUGGCUUCUUCGUGGCUGUCUUACACAAAAAAUCCCAACUGCCAUUUGAGAAAAAUGAUGUCAAAGAUUUAGAAGAGAAACCCAAACCGGAAGUUAAAUUGGAUGAGGAGGGCAAGCCCAUAGAAGAGAAAUCGGUGCCUUGGGGUCCUCAGCGUAAACGUAGACGCCUUCAUGGAUAUAAAGAAGAUCCCUAUGUAUUCUUCGAAGAAAACGAUGCUGAUUGGAAUGAUAUCAAGAAAUUUUAUGAUUUAGACGAAGCCUUGAAUAGUCGUUGCCUCUUGACGCGUUGUAUUACAGAGAAAAAGAAGAACAUCUACUAUUGUUCGGAUUUAAUAAGAGACUUGGUCUUGUUGAAUGAGACUAACAUCAAAAUAAUAAAUACUGGAGUGAAGUCGUUUGUGCGUUGUGAAAAUCGUCAUACCAAUCAUCCGUUCCGUUUGGCCCAAGAAGGUUUGCAAACUACAAAUGCCUUUGUGGGUGCUAGUCGCCGCAUUGAAGUUGAAAAAGAUGAUUUAAUAUUACAACUGAAUUGCACGGAUCCAACUAAACCACCCUCAACGACAGAGCUCAAGGAAGCUACACAGCAGAGAUGUAAAGAAUUAAGUGUUGGCAGUUGUAUAUUGAAAUAUGUAGAUGAACGUUUCACAUUACACAUUGUGGGUUGGCGUGGUACAUCCAGUCUACGGGCUUAUGUUGAUAGCAGUGAAACUUUGCACAUACUACGUCUACUAGGAGCUGAUAUAAGUAAAUUUGAGGUUAACAAAUAUGAAAAAGCCAGAGAAGCUGCAGCAGCGUUAGCGGCCACUGAAGACACCUCCGAAGAUGUAGCCAAAGCCACUGAAGAGGCUUUGGAAGAAGUUGAAAACGAUUUAAAUGAAGCAGCAAUAGUGGAAUAAUUUUUAGUUUUUUUUUAAUUUAUACUCGAAGAAGGAAUUUCGUUUUUUGUUUACAUGUAUUCUAAAUAUCCUUUUAUAGUUUAAGCCAGACUUGGUACGUUCUCUUACGUACCAUGGAGCGCCAAUUAAAAUAAAACUUUAUCAGAUUACAACUACAA